GUCCUCUCUACCCAUUUCUUCUUCCCCCCCUGCCCAGAUCAAGAAACCGUGUCCUAGAAUCCACCGAGAUCGCUGGAAAGGCGACAUCCUCCGGAGACUCUCUCGCUCCCCUCGUCGGCACGGAUCGAGCGGUUGUUUUUGUUGGAAGAUUUCUCCUUUCUUUUCCUUCUGGUCGCUGGCCGGAGAGACAGCGUGUCCUGGUGCCCGGAGAUGGUGGCCGAGGCGGAGGUGAUGCAUCAGCAGCCGGCGCCGGUUCUGGAGGUGCAGUACCGCGCGUGUGUCGCCAAGGGGGUCGGGAUGUCGGCGGUCGCCGUGCCGGAGGUGGGGGUGGAGGUCGAGGUCGCCGUCGAGCUGCCUCGCAUGGGAUUAGCGAACACCGAUGGUGCGACGAGCGUGUCCGCUGAAACACUACAGUUUGUGCCCAACAUUCGGUCUGGAAGCUUUGCUGAUAUCGGACCUAGGAGGUACAUGGAAGAUGAACACAUCCGGAUAGAUGAUCUUUCAGCUCAUCUUGGCUCGCUGUUGGUGUGCCCACUACCUAGUGCCUUCUAUGGGGUGUUUGAUGGCCAUGGGGGUCCUGAUGCUGCAGCCUACAUGAAAAGACAUGCCAUGAGGUUCUUGUUUGAGGAUAGAGAGUUCCCACAAGCAUUGCAAGUGGAUGAUAUAUUCCUUCAAUCCGUUGAGGAAUGUAUUCGCAGCGCGUUCCUGCAAGCCGAUCUUGCGCUGGCUGAUAAUCUAGACAUCAGCCGCUCCUCCGGAACUACAGCACUCGCAGCAUUAAUCUUUGGGAGGCAACUGUUGGUUGCGAACACCGGCGACUGCCGAGCGGUCCUUUGCCGGAGAGGCAUAGCGAUGGAGAUGUCCCGAGACCACAGGGCAAACUACGCCGAGGAGUGCGAGAGGGUGGCCGCCUCCGGCGGGUACAUCGAGGACGGGUACCUCAACGGGGUGCUCUCGGUGACGCGUGCCCUGGGCGACUGGGACAUGAAGAUGCCCGACUGCUCCACGUCGCCCCUCAUCGCGGAGCCCGAGUUCCAGCAGGCGACGCUGAGCGAGGACGACGAGUUCCUCAUCAUGGGGUGCGACGGGAUCUGGGACGUGAUGACGAGCCAGCACGCGGUGAGCGUGGUCCGGCGGGGCCUGCGGCAGCACGACGACCCCGAGCGGUGCGCGCGGGAGCUCGUCAUGGAGGCGAAGCGGCUCGAGACGGCCGACAACCUCACCGUCAUCGUGGUGUGCUUCGGGUCGGAGCUCGGCUCCCCGCCGCCGCCCCCCGCUGCGGCGGCGGCGAGGCCGAGGAGCUGCAAGGGCCUGUCGGCGGAGGCCCUGUGCAACCUGAGGAGCUGGCUGGAGACUGACCGCUAGCUCUAGCUUGCUUGAGAUGCCUGCUCUGCUGCUCCCUACCUAGUGCUGCUGGUCGGUUCGUUCCCACGCUGUAAAUAUGCUGACAUCGGUCGAGGAAUCGUAACUACCACUUCCCUUUUAGUUCCCUACCAUUUUUUCAGGCGGUAGCCCGGCAGUUUUGUAGGGGCAUUCUCUCAUUGUUUCCUGUUCCUUUUCUCUCUCUGUUGCUGUUAUUGCUCACGCCAUUGCUGUUGUACAUAGUACAUGGUACAUCCGUUGCGCCCACGGAUGGACCUGCUCUGCUAUUGAACGGAAAUAUCCGGUGGGUUCUGGUCAA